UAAUGAAAACAGGAAGAAUGGGACUUGACACAAGAAAUGUUGGUGAAUGAAUCAGAGGGUAGAGAGAGAAAAAGGGGAAGCCUAAUGUAAAUUUCUCGGCGGCUCGAUGGAUGACAUCGAAGCCAGACUUUUAGUGGAAAAAUAAUCUUGCUCGAGGCUUUGUAUCCUCGGUUUUGUUCCCGGUUGUUGGUACACAUAUGAUGGAACGGGCGAUGGAGCAACUAAACGUACAGCUGAACAGGCUGACCCGCUCUCUGCGUCGCGCCAGGACUGUCGAGCUCCCGGAAGACAAUGAAACCGCAGUCUACACACUCAUGCCAAUGGUUAUGGCUGACCAGCACAGGUCGGUUUCUGAAUUACUCCUCAACUCCAAGUUUGAUGUGAACUACGCUUUCGGACGAGUCAAGAGAAGUCUACUUCACAUUGCUGCCAACUGUGGAUCAGUGGAGUGUCUGGUCCUACUGCUAAAGAGAGGAGCGAACCCUAACUACCAGGACAUCUCAGGCUGCACCCCUCUGCACCUGGCUGCCAGAAAUGGACAGAAAAAGUGUAUGGGAAGACUACUAGAAUACAAUGCAGACGUGAACAUCUGCAACAAUGAGGGACUGACAGCUAUCCACUGGUUGGCUGUGAACGGGCGGACUGAGCUGCUUCAUGACCUGGUGCAGCAUGUGACUAACGUGGAUGUAGAGGAUGCCAUGGGACAGACCGCCCUUCAUGUAGCCUGCCAGAACGGACACAAGACUACGGUGCAGUGCCUGCUGGACAGUGGAGCGGACAUCAACAGACCUAACUGCUCUGGGGCCACACCCCUCUACUUCGCCUGCAGCCACGGUCAAAGGGACACGGCACAGAUCCUUCUCUCUCGAGGGGCUAAGUACCUACCUGACAAGAAUGGAGUCACCCCUCUGGAUCUGUGUGUACAGGGUGGUUAUGGAGAGACGUGUGAGAUCCUUAUCCAGCACCAUGGCAGACUGUUUCAGACACUCAUCCAGAUGACACAGAAUGAUGACAUCAAAGAGAAUAUGCUCAGGCAGGUUCUAGAGCAUGUCUCCCAGCAGAGUGACAGUCACUACCAGAAGAUCCUGACCAGUCUAGCAGAGGUGGCCACUACUAAUGGACACAAACUCCUCAGUCUCUCCAGUAGCUACGAGGCUCAGAUGAAGAGUCUGCUGAGAAUCAUCCGGAUCUUCUGCCAUGUCUUCCGCCUGGGCCCUUCCUCUCCCAACAACGGGAAUGACAUGGGAUACAAUGGGAACAAGACGCAGCGCAGCCAGGUCUUUAAGCCGUUGGAGUUGCUGUGGCACUCUCUAGAUGAGUGGUUGGUGUUGAUCUCUACAGAGCUGGAGAAGAGCCACCAGGACCCCUCCAACUCCUCCUCCUCAGGGAGUGAGAUCGCCUCCCUCCUCCUCAAACAACGUGGCGAGGUCGACUCCGCCUCCACCCCUGCCGUCUUCACGGUGGCACCAUCGCUGCCACCCUCCAUGCCCCUAACCCCUUUGCCGGACCCAGAGGGUGGCAAGAGGACCCCGGAGGUUCUUAUGGAAACGCCGGAGGUAUACGCGGACGGAGAGGAUGUCAUCUCUAUGACGGCCAAUCGGCUCAGCGCGGUGAUCCAGGCCUUCUACAUGUGCUGUUCCUGUCAGAUGCCACAGGGAAUGACAUCUCCUCGCUUCAUAGAGUUUGUCUGCAAGCAUGACGAGGUACUCAAAUGUUUCGUAACCAGGAAUCCAAAGAUCAUCUUUAACCAUUUCCACUUCCUGUUGGAAUGUCCAGAGCUCAUGUCCCGCUUCAUGCACAUAAUCAAAGGCCAGCCCUUCAAGGAGCGCUGUGAGUGGUUCUAUGAGCACCUAUUAGCAGGACAGCCAGACUCGGACAUGGUCCAUCGACCUGUCAACGAGAACGACAUCCUGCUAAUCCACAGAGAGUCCAUAUUUAGCAGUAGCUGUGCGAUGGUCUCCAAAUCGACCAAUGAAAAGCUCAAACAGGGCAUUGCCGUACGAUUCCAUGGAGAGGAAGGAAUGGGCCAGGGCGUGGUGAGGGAGUGGUUUGACGUCCUGUCCAAUGAGAUCAUCAAUGCAGACUACGGCCUCUUCACCCAGUCAGCGGACGGCACCACGUUCCAGCCCAACAGUAACUCGUCAGUGAACCCUGAUCAUCUGAACUACUUCCGGUUUGCGGGUCAGAUCCUGGGGUUGGCUCUUUACCACCGUCAGCUGGUCAACAUCUACUUCACCCGCUCCUUCUACAAACACAUACUGGGCAUCCCAGUGAACUACCAGGACGUCUCGUCCAUCGAUCCAGAGUAUGCUAAGAAUCUGCAGUGGAUCCUGGACAACGACAUCAGCGACCUGGGACUGGAGCUCACCUUCUCUGUGGAAACAGAUGUGUUCGGCGCCAUGGAGGAGGUGCCACUCAAACCUGGUGGGACUAGCAUCAUUGUCACCCAGGACAACAAGGAGCUGUUGCUGUCUGGGAUGCCAGAGAUCGAUGUGCAGGACUGGCACAGGAACACAGAAUACACCAGUGGCUAUGACCUGGAGGAACCUGUCAUCCAGUGGUUCUGGAAGGUGGUAGAAAGCCUUACCCAAGAGGAGAGGGUCCUACUGUUGCAGUUUGUCACUGGCAGUUCCAGGGUACCCCAUGGUGGCUUUGCCUUUCUGAUGGGAGGUAGUGGCUUACAGAAGUUCACUAUUGCCUCUGUACCAUACACAUCAAACCUACUGCCUACCUCCAGCACCUGCAUCAACAUGAUGAAACUCCCAGAAUACCCCAGCCAGGAGGUCCUGCGGGACAGGCUGCUGGUCGCACUGCAUUGUGGGAGUUACGGAUACACCAUGGCGUGACGCUGGCUGCAGCUGCGUCUCAGCGGGACUCCUCUGGUCCAUGCACACGAGAGUGUGUGUGCGUGUGUGUGUGUGUGUGUGUGUGUGUGUGUGUGUGUGUGUGUGUGUGUGUGUGUGUGUGUGUGUGUGUGUGUGUGUGUGUGUGUGUGUGUGUGUGUGUGCGCGCAUUGGCAUGGACACAUCAGUGCAAGGAAUCCAUCCAACACUUCCUAAUCCAAACAUAUUUCACCUAUCUAUGUGGCAUAUUUCACCUAUCUAUGUGGCAGUUUGUUUUAGCUGGGUAGAUUUUAUUCUACAGCCAGAGCUAGCUAUGAUUUGUAUAAGAUAAACAAGCUCCCUGUCAUUUCAACCUAAUUGAAGGCAAAGGAAAUGUGAUACCCCUGAUUUCACUCUGAACUGCCAAAAACAUGUUACCAUGGUCACAACAACAACUUAUCCACUAGACUGGCUGCACAGCAUCCCUCCCACGGCGUGAAGCCAGUCAGCUGCCUUCCUUUUAGUCUCUCUCCUUUGUCAUUCUUCUCCUGUAACAUGGUAAUAUGGAAUGAUCUGGUUGGUGUGUAUUUCAAAUUGAAGGGGGAGUCUAUAAUGAUAUUACUGUAAGAGGCUGUGGCCAGGUGGUUUUACAUGUGUUUACCAGGGAGGUAGUCGUAAAAAGGUGGCAAAGAUUCUAGCCUGCAAGUAACAUAAACACUAAUGCAAAAAUGGCUAAUUUGUCCUAGGAAUAGGUACAUAAACGAUUCCCAAAAUGAAUAGAAGCGUUAACGGUGCUUACAGGUGUUUACCCCCUGCUACAGUACAUCCCUGAUCUUCACUGCUGCCUAACCACAACUCCCUCACCCUAUAAGGUGCAUGUCUCAUGGCUCUACUUUGUGAGGUUCUUCAGUUUAGUGUCAUUCUGUUGUUUUUCUGUCAUCUGCAGCUGUAUCUCUGUCCUUGUAGUGAUCAUCAGGGCCCAGUUUUUCAAAAGUUAUCUAUCCGGAUUUCGCCUAUUGGAUAGGAUUAAAUGCAUAGAAAUAGAACGAAUAGAACAGACGAAUCAGCGACUUCUAGUCAUUCUAUUUCUAUGUAUUUAAUCCUAUCAGGUUAGAAAACUUUUGGAAAACUGGGCCCAGUAGUCAGUCAUCCCUUUCUAUUGUAUCUGACUGGCAGGACUCUCUGGGUGCAUCCCAAAUGUAUCCAUAGUUCCUGUAUAGUGCGCUACUUUUGACCAGAGCCCUAUGGGCCCUGAUCAAAAGUAGCGCAGUAUGAAAGGAAUAGGGUACCAUUUGGGAUGCAACCUCUGCUUACCAUGUUGUAUUUCUCUCAGCUCAGUCGAAUUGAAGGUUAGAGGAGCACUACAGUAUAUAGAGCUAAUUGAAAGGUUUGGUCAGCAGUGCCAAAAAGGAGAGCCAGUUUGAUUUUUAUUGCUUUUUUGUUUUUAUCCUACCUGAACAUUAUGGUGGAACAUGUUCUAAAAAGGGAUAAGAAUCAUAUCAUGACUUGACAUAUCAUGACUUGACAUAUCAUGAAUGUAGCUAAGAAAUGUUUUAUUCUUGAUCCUUGAUUUAAAUGACUCUACUUCUUUACAAUGAUGUGGGAAUGUAAAUACUUAUAUUUCAUAUUAUUUAUCACUAUUGUUUUAAAUGUAUGACUUGUUUUGCAAUUGUAAUCAGAUGUUGUAUUGUAUACAGAGCCUUUAUAGAUAUUUCUGCAAAUUACUCAAAAACAAAGUAUGUAUUUUACCAUAAACAUAAUACAUUGUUUAAACUUC